AUGCCUACAAGUAGUCAACGUUCGGUUGCAUUACAUGUGCAACCAAUACUUUUUAAAGAAGCACAAUAUUUUCCAUUUGAACUUUCUAUAGCUAGUUGUGUUUCGCCAUAUGUUCGAGCAUCAUUUGGAAAUUGUGUAAAUUCAUUGCUUGAUUUUAAUAAUUGUGGUGCAGCUGGAACCGUAUGUGCAAGUACUGAUACAAGUUGUUCAGCUGGUGCUUGUAGCAGUACUAUACCAGCUGUUCAAUUGGUCAGUUACACUUCAAUUUGGACAGGUGGUGUUAACGGAUCAGCUGAUGAUGAGAUUUUUAACGUAACACUUCCGUUUAGUAUUACGGUUUAUAAUACGACAACUAAUUAUAUUCAAAUAACGACUAAUGGUGUUAUUUGUCUAAGCGAUUGUUCGGAUACUUGGCAGGAAACUGAUUUGCAUACUAAUUCGUUCGGUGCUGCAGUUCUACCAUAUUGGGAUGAUCUUUAUAUUUAUGCCAAAACUUGGCAAGGUAUAUAUUAUGCAUCUCAAGGUUCUGCUCCAAAUCGUAUCCUUGUAUUCGAGUAUUAUAUGAGUCAUUAUGGAUCACCGAACGAGUACUAUCGUUUUCAAGUUGAGUUUUCUGAAGCUACAUCUGGUAUUAUUGAAUUUACCUAUUUUGAAGCGCACGACACAGGUGCUAGUAGCACUGUCGGUGUUCAGGGCAUUGAUAGUGGUCAAUACAUCCGACAUUCUUUCCGUACUGGUGGUUCUGUAACAUCAAAUAUGGUUCUUACUUUUGAUACUAAUGCUGGAACUUAUACUAGCUCAACUAUUGGAUAG